AUGAUGCAAUCAACAACAUCUAAAUGUUUGGCUUCACUUUUGAAAGCCGGUACUUGCUACUCACGUUCCUCCGUGAUGAUGAUGAAAAAAUCCUCGGCUGCCUUUACCACCACCAGAACAGCAAACAUUUUCAAUACUACUCAAACGAGAAAUGUUUUUGGAUUUGGAAGUAGCAACAAUAACAAUUCCGGAGCUUCAUGGGAACAAGCCUCUUCAUCCUCUCAACAAACUCAACAACAAACAAAUAAUAACAACAAUACUCAGCAACAAACUCAACAACAAAAUAACACCCAGCAACAAGCUGAGGAAAAACCUUCUGUAGAAAAGGAGCAAACGAAACAAGCUCAAGAACAAACCAAGCAACAACAAACAGCUGCUGCUGAUGAUGCCAAGGUAAAAGAACUCGAAAAGGAAAUUGAGGCAUUGAAAGAAAAAAACGCCAAGUUGGACGACCAAUUGAAGAGAGCUGUUGCUGAAAUGCAAAAUGUUCGUCGUAUUGCAAAGAAUGAUGUGGAUAAUGCAAAGAAGUUUGCUUUGCAAUCUUUCUCAAAGCAUCUUUUGGAAGUUGUGGAUAAUUUGGAGAGUGGGUUGAAACAUUUGAAUGUUGAAGACGUUUCGGAAAUUACUAAAUUGGUACAAGACAGCCCAGACUGCACUGAAGAUUUGCGAAAGAAGGCAAAGGCACUACAGACCGCAGUGGAAGGAGUGAAAAUGACUGAAACUGUCUUGUUGAAGGUUUUGGAAAGAAACGGAGUGACAAAACUCGAAAUUGGAGAACAAACUCCCUUCGAUCCAAAUUUCCAUGAAGCCAUGAUGAAGAUUCCACCAAGCGACAAGCAUCCAAAUGGCUCUGUUGCCAUGGUACUAAAGAGUGGCUGGAUUCUCAAUGAGAGAGUGUUGAGACCUGCCCAAGUUGUUGUUGCCAUUCAAGACUAA